CAAUCACGUCUGGCACAGCCGAAGUCUCGGUCGCUUAGAAAUGACGUACUGUAAAAGCGUGUUCGUGUGGCUGCCGGCUGGAGAGGAUCUGGCAGACUUUUGUUCCUGUUGCAGAAACAUCACAGUUGUAUCUCUCUGUCUCAGAUUUUAAACCAAUUUGCAAGAAUUUAUCUCCAGUGCUCCUCUGUUGUCCGUUCUCAGAAAGCCAUGACUGACCAACCACAGACUGAUUUGGGGCUCUACAAGCCCCCUCAGACAGUCCGGGGCAUGACAGAACUGGACCGAGCAGCUUUCAGUCAGACAGUCAGUGUUCCUGCCAUACGAAUACCAACCAGUGUUCUCAACAAAGUGGUGAAGAGUUUGAAGAAAGUGGCACUACAGAGGCCAGGACUCAAACGGGUUGUCGAGGAACACAAUGAAGAUGGAAAUAAAGACAGUAGUAAAGGAGAACAUCGGCUGCUGCUUUUGGACCCAAACAGCAUUACGUCUGCAGAUUCGUUUGGCAGUGAGGAGGCAGAAGCUCUGACAGCGUAUGGGGUGCCUCAGGAGAUCCAGAAGUACCAACUGAAACUCACCUAUGAGAACCUUAAGAGUGAAGAGAUACUGCGAGCUGUACUUCCUGAAGGACAGGAUGUGACAUCAGGAUUUAGUAGAGUGGGCCACAUCGCCCACAUGAACCUGAGAGACCACCAGCUGCCCUACAGAAAACUAAUUGGUCAAGUAAUCAUAGAUAAGAACCCUGGCGUUACUUGCGUGGUCAAUAAGACCAACACCAUUGAUUCCACUUACAGGAACUUCCAAAUGGAGGUUUUGGCAGGAGAGAGCAACAUGGUGGCAAAAGUACGUGAGAAUGGCGUAUUGUACGAGUUUGAUUUCUCUCUGGUGUACUGGAACCCUCGACUAAGCACAGAACACGAGCGCAUCGUUUCCCUUCUUCAGCGCGGAGAUACUGUAGUGGAUGUUUUCGCCGGGGUCGGUCCAUUCGCGAUCCCAGCGGCCCAUCGAGGCUGUGAGGUCCUCGCUAACGACUUGAACCCGGAGUCCUUCUGUUGGCUUCAGCACAAUGCUAAACUCAACAAGGUUGACCGAAAAAUAACAUCAUUUAACAUGGAUGGACGGGACUUCAUCCGAGGACCUGUACGGGAGCGCCUGCCUGCUCUAAUGAAGGGAUCACAAAAGAUUCAUGUGGUGAUGAACCUUCCCGCACUGGCUCUAGAGUUCCUUGAUGCUUUCAGAGGUCUGCUGGGCCCAGAGCCAGACCAGAGUCUUUUCUGUCCGGAUGACAACUUGCCACAGGUGCAUUGCUACGGGUUCUCCAAGGAAGAUGACGCUCAGAGGGAUGUAGUGGAGCGGGCAGAGCUGCCGGUUACCCACAAACCAUCAGGACAAGCGUCAGAAACCUAAUGCUUGUGAGAGGAACUCUUGAGAUCUCACACCAGCCCAGCACCCCCAAAACUCUCCAGCAGCUGGAGUUCACAGCGGCCAUUCAUUAUGAGAGAACUGAAAAUUACAUGUAAACUGAUACUACAGUGAGAGGAGGAGAAAAAUGGAAAGAGAGAGAGGGAAGGGGUGGAGAGCGAUAGAGGGGGUCAGGUAUCAUCAGAAACACUUAAGCUCCUCUCAGCUUCACACACUUUCUAAACAAACAGAGAUUACUGAAGCACUGGACCAUGAGCUAAUGCACACAGAAUGCUGCUUCAGUUCUCCAUCAUUAAUCCACAAACCACACUUAUAAAUCCCCAAUGAAUCACUGUUAUCACUUUUUAAUCCAGAUUCAGAACGAAAAAAAGAAAGUGGAACAAAAUAGUCUUUAAAACUAAAAAUGGAUUUGUUAGCAGUAAAUAAAAGUGCAUGACCUUCAUAAAUGGUCAAAUGUAGUCAGACUAAUUGCAAAUUA